AUGAAAACGCUUGUGGUAUUUCUUGUGGUGCUGACCAUCUUUGGGAUACAAUCUCAUGGAUAUGAGAUUUAUAACGUCUUCAGCUCAAGCAACAGUGGUGGCAAUAUUCAAGAGACAAUAACAAUUGACAAUGAAGAAAAUAUUGCCAUCGCUAAUGUCCAUGCGGGCUCCUGCUCUUCAACCACAAUUUUUGACUAUAAACAUAGGUACAUUGCAACCCGGGUGCUCUCCCGAAGGGCCUGCUACAUCCUAAAGAUGGACCAUAAAGCCAUCCCUGCUCUGGACACACUCCAACGGUACAUGUAUGAGAAGCAGAUGAUGAACACCAUGUCCUCCACUGAGUACACUUGGGUCAGGUACAACCCUCUGCAGUCUCUGCUCACAAAGGUGGACUGGUUCCUAUUUGGGUCACCCAUUGAGCAACUCUGCAAAAACAUCCCCUUGUACAAAGGGGAAAUAGUUGAAAAGUCAGAUGAUGCUGGUGUUGGAGGUUGUGCCAAGGCUGGGCUCCUGGGUAUCUUGGGAAUUUCCAUCUGUGCAGGUGUCAAGGUUUAG